AUGGUCGCAACCACCCGUUCCAAGGGUGACCUUACACUGCUCCUCAAAGCCUCCAAAGCUGGGAUCACAAAACGUUCCAAAUCAACGUCCGCCAAUGCCUUGAGUUCAAGCUCAAGGCUGGCUCACGAUGGAUCGACCACCCCGACUCCGGCGGUUGCAAAGGCCAUGGCCACCCAAGGCUCCCAGACCCCAAACGUUGCAGUCCCAAUAGCUCGCCCUGCGUCUCCGACAGCUACAAACGCCCUACUAGUCUCACCUCCCCUAGCCCCGACACCAGUUUCGCCACACGCAUCCGCCGCCUCCCCCUCCUCCUCCCCGUCAACGACAACGACGAGUGAUAUUCUCAAGGCCGGGAUAGCUCAUCUUCUCAGCGUCGAACCCAAACUUGCCCCGCUAAUCACAUCACACCCAUGCGCCCUCUUCUCCCCCGCCGGCCUCGUGGAGCCGGUAGAUCCAUUCUACUCCCUCAUGUGCGGUAUCAUCUCGCAGCAGAUCUCCUCCGCCGCGGCGCGCUCCGUCAAAUUGAAAUUCAUACAUCUCUUCCAACCAGCACUUGAAAAUGCUAGGUUAACAUUCCCGACACCUGCGAUGGUGCUGGGGUUUUCGCAGGAGUUCCUACGUACCGGCGGGCUGAGCACCAGGAAGGCCGAGUAUGCGCACUCAUUAGCAGAGAAGUUUGUGAGCGGGGAUUUGUCGGCGGAGAUACUCUCUAGCGCUAGCGAUGAGGAGGUCAUCCGGCGGCUAGUUGCGGUGAGGGGCAUUGGAGCUUGGUCCGCCGAAAUGUUUCUCUUGUUCGGUUUGAAACGAAUGGACGUCUUCUCCCUUGGCGACCUCGGAAUCCAGCGCGGCCAGGCCGUCAUCGCAGGGCGUGACGUGGGGAAAUUAAAGAGCGGCGGUAAGGGCAAGUGGAAGUACAUGUCUGAAGCAGACAUGAUCAAGCACUCGGAGCCGUUUAGACCUUACAGAAGUCUCUACAUGUGGUACCUCUGGAAAGCAAGCGACCAGCAAGCAAAAAAAAAGAAGAAGGCUCCUGCGAAGAAGGCAUCCGGCCCGGAGUAA